CUACACUGAGAAAACGAUAUCGCGUGAAUUGCAUUAUAUACUGUAUUCCUGCGCUACAUAUCUGGUUCCUGAGAUACUUAGAAUGGUUUCUAAACAAGAAAAAAGUAAAAACUGUGCCAAAAAUAAUAUCGAGGAAACAAUUUCUGCUUCCAAUCUACAAACUCCACCACAUUUUAUCGCUUCAUCUUCUGCAGAGACUGAAAAAUGCAAAAAAAAAAUUCUAGAUGCAUACGCAGUGGAGGGCAUUGCUCAAAGGGCGAUUGACGCAGCAGGAUUCGGUAAAUUCAACAUAAAAAUUGCAGCAGUUGGAGCUUUAAUUUAUUUCAAUACCGCGUUGAGCAUAAUGAGCACGGGUUUCGUACUGACGGCAGCAGCGUGUGAUUUCAAAAUGACAACUAUUUAUAAAGGAUAUAUUGUGACGGCCCCUUUAUUAGGUUCAUGCUUCGGACCACUUGUAUGGGGAUUAUUAGCUGACUUAAAAGGACGAAGAAUGUCAUUAAUAACAGCAUUAUUUAUGCAGGGAGCUAGUGAACUUUUAAUGUCAUUCAUCCCAAAUUAUUGGUGCUUCCUGUUUUUAAAAUUUCUCAGUGGCUUUGCAUCCAUUGGUGAACUUUCUCUCUUAUUUACUUAUGUGGGCGAAUUUCAAACCACUAAAUAUCGUAAACUAGUUCUAUCAUUUAUGGAUGGCCCAAUGAUUGUAGGAAUGAUCACCGUUCCAGUUCUGGCGUGGCUUAUUGUUCCACUGGAAUUUGACUUUCGAAAUGAGUACAUUCAUUUCCGCUCCUGGAAUUUAUUUGUCAUGUUGUGCUCCAUACCGGCUGUUUUAAUUGCAUUUUGGUUAAUUUUCCUUCCGGAAACCCCGAAAUUUCUUGCAGAAUCUGGUCAAAAUUUCCAGUUCCUUACCGUGCUUGGAGAUAUUUAUGUGAAAAAUAGCAACCAACCCGUUGAAACAUAUUUUGAAAAAUUAGCCAAUGGCGAAAAUAAGGAUGUUAGUGAUUUUGUACAUAGGUUUUGGAAAACACCAGUUAAUCAGAAAAAAAUAUCUAAAAAAGAAAUCACAUUACGACAAAUUUUAAAAGAUUUCAAAAAGCAAGCCCUGGAUGUGUCAAAACCUCCAUAUGUUUUAAAGACAGCCUUGGCUUCUAUUUCCACUUUUUUCAUAACUUCAUCUCACUACGCAUUAUUGCUUUGGUUCCCAGAAAUUUUCCAAAGAUUUUCUCAAUUUGAGACAAAAUUUCAAAAUGAAACGUCGAGCGUUUGUUCUGUUUCGAAAAAACUCUACUCAUUAAACGCAACCAUGGCUAACACAAAUAUUGAUCUUUUCGGGUGCGAAUCUAAAAUCGAUACAAGAGUUUAUCUUAACUCACUAUGGCAGGCAAUUGCUUGUAUCCCUUUUUCGAUUUUAUUACCAAUGUCCGUUGAUCGAUUGGGAUUUAAAUUCUUCGUAGUUGCUUCUACCUUAAUAGCCUUUGCUACUACACUUGGAUUCUUCUUCACAACAAAUUCUUUACAAAAUUUGAUCUUGUCCUGUAUUUUUGAAGUAAUGACGUCGGUUUUCAUGAGUUCAAUGUUCUGUUUCCUCGUUGUUAUUUUUCCGACGAAUGUCAGGGUAGUUGCAAGUACAGUGAUUGUGAUUUUCAGUCGUUUAGGCAGUCUUCUUGGUAACACCGUAUUUAGUUACUUAAUAGAUGAUAACUGCGUUCCACUCAUUUGUAUCGUUGCUGUGCAACUCUUCAUUGGAGCAGUGUUUGCGUUGAUUAUUCAAAUAAGAAGACCCAAGAUUUACGAGACUGUUUGAUGAUUUUCAUGAAUAUUUUACUUCUCAUCGAUCGUUACAUUUUCCCAUUAGUGGGAGAUAUAAGUAAAUACACCAAAAAAUCGUAAAUCAUUGUUUCAUUCCAUCUAUAAAUUACACAUGGAACAAUAAACAAAUUUUUUAUCAUAUCUUCUGUUGAGAUAUGCUUAAUUGAAGCUGGAUUGUUAAUCUUUUUCGUGGAUUUCAGUCGGCAUUAAUUAUCCUAUUUUAAGUAAUAAAUAUAAGAAGCACCUGGUCCAGUGUUGGAAAUGUACAAAAGUUUCCCAGGAAAAUAACACAUUCUUUUAUUUAUAGUUAAAUAGGUUAUACACAAAAUAUUUCAUCAUUAAAAUAUGUCUUUCAAUUCUUAUAU